AUGGAGCUACUCAGCAUCCCAACUGGAGUCAGAUACUUAAACAAGAAGCUUGGCAAUGAAGAGAAUUGGAACCAAGUAAAAGCAUCUAGACUCAAGCAGGGGAAAGAAAAUGCUUUAGAUGGUGCAAACGACACUCAACUAGUGGAGGCUAUAAAUGUACAUGAAAGCAGUGAGGUCCGUUUGAGUGAUGGCAUAGUAGGGAUGGAUAAUCAACAAGCAAUGGACAAUAAUAGUAAUGCUGAUCAGGCACCUGCAUCUACAACUGUUAGAAUUAACGAUACUGAACCUGAUGAGCAAGCAGGCAAUAAAAAGAAGAAGAAAAAACAAAAGAAACAUCCUCCUAUUAUGGGAAAGAAAAGGGAUUCUGGGAUAGCACCAUCCCAGUAUGAAACAUCUCAUUAA